ACAAAACUCCACGUUGUUUUAAAAAGUUAAAAAACAAAACAAAGAUUUAUAUAAAGUGAUGUUUUGGCCUUAAAACAUCCGUUUUUCCAGCAAAUUUCAAGUCAAUGGCAACCAUUAAUGCUGGCUCAAAUGAAAAGGCGAACCAGGAUGAAAUAGCGCGCGAAAUGGCCAGUGCGAUCGCUGAUGACACGUCAACAAAGACAGCUUCUGAUCAAAGACAAGGAGAUCUUGCUCAAAGCAGUAAUCUUGUCUCCAGCGAGUCGGGAAGUUUUGUACGGAUUUCCACUGCAGAAGGCGGUAAGGUGAAUGCUCAGGGAGAUGGCAAAAUGGGCGCUGUUGCUUUGAAUUUUGGAGAGCACACAGGUCCUGAGAUUCGCGAUGAUAGCAGCGAGGUUUCGAGUCAAGGAGUUUGGGGCUGGAUCAGCAGUGCUGUUGGUAAUGAUAUUGUUCAGACCACUCAGAGAUUAGGAAGAAAUCUUGUGCAGAAGACCAAGGAUUCUGUAGACAGUGUCAUCACAACUUUGGAUCCAGGAAUGGAGAACUACUUACAUAAAACUGAUUCGGAUACAAUCAAUAUCUUGAUUACAUCAACGGAUGAGGAUUAUCGAAGGAUAAAAGAUGGUUUUAAGCAAGUAUUCUCGCACGUUUUGGUCCAAAAUCAAGCGUCACGUUCGAGCCUAGCUCCACUCCCCAACAGCUUCUCAUCUGCUUUAAAAAGCGCAAAGCAGCGAAUAUCAAAUCAUCGCUCGUCCACGCCAGCUGAGGUCGAAGUUGUUGUGGUUGCUGUGGAAGAGUUUAUCGCAGAAGUGAUGCCUGAAAUGUGGUUUGGUAUGCUGUGUCUGUGCCUGGAUGACGCCUCACAGAAGCUUGAAAUGGAAACAUUCUCGCAAACUUUCGUCCUUCCGAAUGACGUGGUGAAGAAACUCGAAGAGCUAACACCACGUACAUACAGUCUCCGCUGGUCAGGGCUCAGCGUCAGUCUGGCUGAAGUUCUGCAAAGUAACUGGACCAACUUCUUAGCGGGUGUUCCCAAGAGACAAGUGGUUACUUUGGCCGCAAAGACAUUAGCUGGACAAUAUCGAGAGACAUUUCAAAGAAACUCAUCUAAGAUAGAGAAAGCAAUAACAUUAUGAAUCUUAACAUUACCUAUAGACGUAAUAUUAACACGAGUAUUAUAUGUAAGUAGGUAUUAUAGUUAUAUGCAGAAAAUAU